GGUUCAUAAUGUGAAGACACUUCACACGACGUUUGCCAGAGAGCGUUAAUUUGAACCCAAAUCAAUACACGUUCCUUGUGCUUAACCCCGAUGACCUGUAGAGGCAAACUUCUCCCACGUGAGAUGAUGAAGGGCUGGGGGCUCUUCUUCAGGCGCGUUUGGACUUCCGUGCAGAGUGCGCCUCUGCGGCCCGAGGAUCGUCGUGCGCUCGAGGUUGGAGUUUCUUCUGCCACAUCGCAUCCAAUCGGUGCCCGGGAACAACGCGCACUCAUCUCAGCUGUUGUCAGCAGCGGGAAGCUAAAGGUGGUUGUUUUUGCAUUUCCAGCAUCUCCUCCCCUUUGCUUUGGGCAGAGAAGGUGUCGGACCAUGCGUUCGACGCGCAGGUGAAAAACAAAUCUCCGAUUUCAAGUUUGUCGCUGCAGCAACUUUUCGCCCCCCUCGGAGGAUUCUUUUUUUUUCACUCAACAUUGAUAAAGAUUUUUUUUUUUUCAUUAAUCCUGAGAAAUGUCUCGCAAGAAGUCUGCCAAAGGCAAAGCCGCGACCAGCAGCCCGUCCGCGGGCAGCAUCACCGGCCAAAGGAGCGGGAAAUCUGCGAGGAGCAGCCCGGGCAUCGUGCAGAUGAACGGCGUGGUCCAUCCCAUCAGACCCUCCGUCAGCUGCAGCAGCGACUUCUAUGACAUCGCGUUCAAGGUGAUGCUGGUUGGAGACUCCGGUGUGGGGAAAACAUGUCUACUGGUCCGUUUUAAAGACGGAGCUUUCCUGGCCGGCAGCUUCAUCUCCACUGUGGGCAUCGACUUCAGGAAUAAAGUCCUGAACAUUGAUGGAGUCAAGGUGAAGCUCCAGAUCUGGGACACAGCUGGACAGGAGCGGUUCCGUAGUGUCACUCACGCCUACUACCGGGACGCCAAUGCUUUGCUUCUGCUAUAUGACGUCACAAACAAAACAUCCUUUGACAACAUACAGGCAUGGCUGACUGAGAUCCACGAGUACGCCCAGCAGGAUGUGGUGCUCAUGCUGCUCGGAAACAAGGCCGAUGCCACUCACGAGAGGGUGGUGAAGAGAGAAGAUGGUGAGAGGCUUGCAAAGGAGUUUGGCGUUCCUUUCAUGGAGACCAGCGCCAGGUCGGGUCUAAAUGUAGAGCUGGCUUUCACUGCUGUGGCAAAGGAGCUGCAGCACCGCUCUCUGGAGGAUCCCAGUGAGAAGUUUAAGCUCCAGGAGUACGUAAACAAGGAGAUGAAGAGCACAAGCUGCUGCAGGUCUUAGAUCGUGUGUGUGUGUGUGUGUGUGUGUGUGUGUGUGUGUGUGUGUGUGUGUGUGUGUGUGUGUGUGUGUGUGUGUGUGUGUGUGUGUGUGUGUGUGUGUGUGUUGGUGGAUAUGUUAUAUCUGGACUUUUCACCUGAUUACACACCAGCAUUACGAGGACCUAUAUGGUAUUUACGGACCAUGCUGAGGUCCUCAUAAAACAAAGAGUGUAAACGGCUUAUAACUGUUUAAGUAACAUACUCUCUCUUUUUCGUGGAAAGUCCUUUUUUACCACUUUACCUGAUUUCUGUGUAUCACAGUGUAUAGAACAGCGCCGCGUAGCGUCCUGACCAUGCUGGUGCUGUUUCAUACACAUUUUGACACACACGGUUAAAAUUUCGCGGGCUGCCUUGUGAUUGGCUGGUUUUUCCUGCGGAGCGGGACAGGGUGAGUGACGUCGGAGGGGCGGGUCAGUCACGUUGGAAGGACUUACGGACGUCAAGUACAAGGUCUAUCAGCCCUUUAAAGAUGAAGACAGGCUUGAAUACCUAGCUCCGAGAUGAAACCGUGUGAG